CACUGCAGGAGAUUCAACGGCAGGAACACACCAUGACGGACGCGGCCACCAACAUGCGGCUCAAGCUGCCGAUCGUCUGCUUCAUCCUGCAGAUCAUCCUCAUCAUCCUCUUCGGCGUCCUGGUGCAGUACGACCACGAUACGGACGCCAAGCUGUGGCACAAAGGGAACCACUCCUCCGACUACGAGAACGACUUCUACUACCGCUACCCGAGUUUCCAGGACGUGCACGUGAUGAUCUUCAUCGGUUUCGGCUUCCUCAUGACCUUCCUGCAGCGCUACGGCUUCAGCAGCGUGGGCUUCAACUUCCUGAUCGCGGCCUUCUCGCUGCAGUGGGCCACGCUCAUGCAGGGCUUCGUCCACGGCCUGCACGGGGGCAAGAUCCACAUCGGGGUGGAGAACAUGAUCAACGCCGAUUUCUGCACGGGCUCCGUGCUCAUCUCGUUCGGAGCCGUCCUGGGUAAAACCAGUCCAGUCCAGUUGCUGGUCAUGGCCAUUUUCGAGGUCACGCUGUUUGCUGUCAACGAGUUCGUCCUGCUGUCUGUCCUGGGGGCUAAAGACGCAGGAGGCUCCAUGACCAUCCACACGUUUGGAGCCUACUUCGGCCUGAUGGUGACCCGAGUCCUGUACCGGCCCAACUUGAACAAGAGCAAACACAGGAACGGCUCAGUGUACCAUUCGGACCUGUUCGCCAUGAUCGGUACCAUCUACCUGUGGAUGUUCUGGCCCAGCUUCAACUCGGCCAUCACGGCCCACGGGGACGACCAGCACCGCACGGCCAUGAACACCUACUACUCCCUGGCGGCCUGCACUCUGUCCACGUACGGCAUGUCGGCCCUCACGGCGCACGACGGCAAGCUGGACAUGGUGCACAUCCAGAAUGCCGCUCUGGCCGGUGGAGUUGCAGCAGGAACAGCCGGUGAAAUGAUGCUGACUCCUUACGGCUCCAUGAUCGUCGGCUUCCUGGCCGGCAUCAUCUCCGUCCUGGGCUUCAAGUACCUCUCACCCAUCCUGGAGAAGAAACUGAAGAUCCAGGACACCUGUGGAGUCCACAACCUGCACGGCAUGCCCGGCGUCCUGGGCGCCAUCGUGGGGGCGAUCACCGCUGCCGUGGCAACCGCAGACGUCUACGGGGGAGGGAUGAAGGACGUCUUCCCCGACGUGGCGAGCGGUGAAAUCGGGGCGUCCUUCCAGGGCGCCAUGCAGGCCGCCUCCCUCGCCGUCACCCUGGGCAUGGCCCUGUUGGGGGGGCUCAUUGUCGGUUUCAUCUUGAAGCUCCCGGUGUUCGGAGCUCCUUCCGACUCCAUCUGCUACGAGGACAACAUCUACUGGGAGGUACCGGGAGAGGAGGGUCACGAGGAUCAGCUGACCGCCGUGCACACCGAGGAGGCCGAGAAGCUCAAUUAGACGCGCACGUCACGCGCGCACGUCACUGCAAGCCGCCGCCUGAGUGUUCAAAUCAAAUUAAAAAAUGAAUUCACAAACCCCCUGAUAUUCUGUGCAGAGCCUUGGUGCCUUAGUGCCCUCCCCCCCCCCCCCCCCCCCGCUGGGUACAGCCUGGUGGCCACUAGAGGGCCCCCCCGCGCUGCUGCCCGUCUCUUUCCACCAAACCAAAGACAGUCCCACUGCAUCCAGGAGGCGGAACAGGAAACUUUACAAUUGUUUUAAUGCUUUUUCUUCACUGGAUUUCAUGCAAAAACAAUGCAGAUGUUUUUCUAGGUUGUUUCUGUUUAUUUCCUAAUACUUUAGAUUCGGGGCUUCAUCAAACUGUAUGAUUAGAUAUAGAAAUAAUACAGUUGGUGCACUAUUGUACCUUUUUUAUAUGACUUGUUUGUUGCAGCAAAAGUCAAUAGAUUGUAAAAUGUAUCUUUGGCCAUAAAUGAUGAGAUGAAAGAUGCCUCCACUUUGAAACAACUUAAUGGAAAUUACAACAAUAUUGGAUUAAAAACCUUGAAGUACGUGUUUCUCCUCAUUUCU